AUGGACUUCAAUCAGCCGCACGAUCCUGCCACGGACGCAGCCUACAAUCCUCAGAUAGUAAACGAGCAAGGCCAGUCACAGGAAGAUUUGCACCACAAUGGACAAUCACAGAAUGGCAUGACAGACUCACCUAUGGAAGGGGUCGACUCGGGCUCCCGAUACAACUCACCAAACAUGGCAUAUCAACAACAAGGCGGCUCGCGGCCCGGCUCAGGUAUGAGCGGUCCUGCUGCCGGCAACUCAUAUCAGGGUCAAGGACAGCAGCCGCCGAGCAAGAGCAGCGUUGUGAUCAAGGUCGGCAUGGUGGGCGAUGCGCAGAUAGGCAAGACGAGUUUGAUGGUUAAGUACGUUGAGGGAAGCUGGGACGAGGACUAUAUCCAGACGCUUGGCGUCAACUUUAUGGAGAAGACAAUUUCGAUUCGAAACACUGAAAUCACAUUCUCGAUAUGGGAUCUGGGUGGGCAGAGGGAGUUCGUCAAUAUGCUGCCACUGGUCUGCAAUGAUGCGGUUGCGAUUCUCUUCAUGUUCGACCUGACACGAAAGUCGACUCUCAACAGCAUCAAGGAGUGGUACAGACAAGGCCGCGGCUUCAACAAGACCGCUAUACCCUUCCUGAUCGGAACAAAGUACGACCACUUUGUCAACUUCCCACGAGAAGAUCAAGAGGAGAUCAGUACUCAGGCACGCCGCUUCGCCAAAGCCAUGAGAGCCAGCCUCAUCUUCAGCAGCACCAGUCACAGCAUUAAUGUCCAGAAGAUCUUUAAGAUUGUCCUCUCGAAAGCCUUUGACCUGAAGUGCACCAUACCCGAGAUCGAGAAUGUUGGCGAGCCGCUGCUGCUGUACCAAGCCGUCAACUAA